AUGCCAGAGCAAAGCCUAACAUUAAACCAGACUGCUUCCCGAACCCUCACUCGCACAAUGCAUAUCCAAUCAAUUCCUAUGUGUACGAAUGCACCAAGAAUAAAGACCUCCAAUCAAUCUGCGAAUACAUAGCUGAUAGAAAGAUCUUUCAGGGACGGGGUCGAGCGACAACUACGCGUAUCUAGUUGUGGACGAUAAAUCGAAGGAUGCUGUGAUUAUUGAUCCUGCCAAUCCAGAUGAGUGCGUACAUACAUAUUACUUGGACAAAGAUAGAAGAUAUUGAUGCAGGAAUAGGGUUGCACCCGUUUUGAAGGAGCAGAUUAAAGAUGGCAAAAUUAACCUGACAGCAAUUGUUAAUACACACCAGUAUGCCACUACAUUUCCCCUUCAAAGCCACAUUUUGCUAAUUAUUCAAAAGUCAUUGGGAUCAUUCAGGAGGAAACAAGAAACUGGUAGAUACAUAACAAUUCAAUUCUGCCUCGACAUUUGCUGACCACAAUGCCGACAGUUGGGCUUUUCGAGCGAAUUUGGAGGCAAGCCAAUAAUUGGAGGCAAGGACUGCGAAGGAGUGACACAAACACCCAAGAAUGGCGAGGGAUUCAAGAUCGGAGAUAUCUCCGUGAAAGCUUUAUACACUCCAUGUCAUACAGAAGAUAGCAUAUGUUGGUUGAUGGAGGAUAGUACCGGGCGGGCAAUAUUUACGGGUGAUACUCUUUUCCACGGAGGUAAGAUAUUCCAUGAUUGGAAAUGACGAAAUGGCUUUACUAACAGAUCUUUUAAUAGGAUGCGGCAGAUUCUUUGAAGGCACAGCUGAAGAGAUGCACAUUGCUUUGAAUAAGACUCUUGCCGCUGUUCCUGAUGAUACCAAAGUCUAUGUACAACCAGCUCCCUUUCCGUUUUCAAAAGGAAAUUUACUAACAUCUAUAGCCUGGCCAUGAGUACACAAAAGCAAAUGUCAAAUUCGGAAUUUCCGUACUGCAAAGCGAGGCUGUCAAGAACCUCCAAGCAUUCGCAGAAAAGAACAAGGAAACGCAAGGAAGAUUCACAAUAGCUGAUGAGAAAGUAACGAAGCUACUCCACCCAUACAAGACAUGAUCAUACCUAACAACUCACAGAAACACAACGUAUUUAUGCGCGUAGAUGUAAGUCCUAUCUGCUCUAAUAUUAUUGAAUGAAUCUAAUAAGAACAGGACCCCGAGAUUCAGAAAGCCACGGGCAAAACAGACCCGGUGGCGGUAAUGGCCAAACUUCGAGAGAUGAAGAAUAAUUUCAAGUGAGUAACGUGCUUGAGGAGUUGCAUAUGCGUGGAAUGAGAAGUCUCUAAGGGAACCCAGUCCUCCACCGAAUGCAAAGUUAUGAGUUGAGUUUAGCGAGGUGGGCCAAAAAAAGAGAAUAGUAAUGAAGUGUUUUGAUCUAUGCUCUCUCUGACAAUAGCAUCCGUAACGAAGUGCAAUGGUAAGCAUUGGAAUCUGGUCGAUGUACCUAUGUUACGAAUUGGCGUUUCUUGAAAAUGUAUCACACUGGAUCGGCAGUCCAUGCCAUCAGAUUCUACGAUUGUGAACCAAGUUCGGAAAGGCGGAUAUCCAUACAUGACCUCUCACUCGGUUAACUGCUUCCACAACGUGGGUAUCAUGAUACAUAAUAAUUACAAACAGGAUCAUGUAAACAGAAUCCAGGUGACGUCAGCUCUAUUACCAUGCAUUCCCUCUUUCCAACUUUUACCCCACACACAUCCAAUACAAGUCUCUCCUCAACCCCCAAUCCCUCCAACCAUCCCCAAUCCCUCCAUCCCUCCCCUUCAAUCAAACACAACAACCUCCCCCCAAAAUAAUGACAUCCCAAACCACCCCCAGCGUCCCAGGACCCCCCAUCUCAACCAAAGACACACUCCUCGAAACUGGCGCGUCGACGACGCAGUCCUUCGAGCCUAUUAAGGGCAUCUGUGCCCAUCUCAAUGCUUUCCAUGUUUACGCCUCGGAUACGACGAGGUCUGUGGAGGCGAAUCAUUAUUGUGUGCAUUUGAGUGGGGAUGUAUGUCCUUUUUUUUUUCUUUUUUUUUGAGGGGGUUUGUUGGGUGGUUUGUUUAGGUUGCUUUUUUGAUGUUUUGGGGAGGAGGGGAAGGAGGAAAUAGGAAAUGCUAAUGUGGAAUAGGUCCGACAAUGUCUAAUAUACGAUGCUCCCACCAACCCAGCUCGCUUGAUUGGCGUGGAAUACAUGAUUACACCGAGAUUGUAUAAUGAACUCGACGCGGAGGAGAGGAAACUUUGGCAUUCGCAUGAUUAUGAGGUUCGUCUCAUCUCCAUCCAUCUCCCCUCUCUCCUCUUUAACAACCCUAUAUAAGAACUGUCCUAAUAUCAAAACCAAUAACAACACCACCACCUCACUAACAACCCCCAGGUCCGCAGCGGCAUGCUCAUCCUCCCCAACCCCCACGUCCCCAACGCCAUCUGGGAAGUCGCCGAGACAGAGGAAUUAAAAGAGGUCGUUAGUUUGUAUGGGAAGACGUAUCAUUUCUGGCAGGUGGAUAGAGGGGAUAUGUUACCGCUUGGGAAACCGGAGUUGAUGAUGAGUUUUACGAGGGAUGAGCAGGUGUGUAUAUCUGUUUUUUUUUCAAAUGUUGUUUUUUUCUUUGGAUGUUUGUGUGUUGAGGGGUGUGGAUGAGGAGUGCUGAUGGUAGUAGGUGCCGUGGGGAAAAGUCAAGGAGAGGGAUGAGAGGUUCGGUGUUGAAACGAGUAGUAAGAAGGAGGUGAGGAAGGGGAUUGAGGCUUUUGAACCGCAUCAGGAUGCGGAUGGGUGUUGGAAAUGAGUUCUUCUACACCUCUCUCCCUCUUCUUUUCUGUAUCAGGAAAACGGAAAAUGGUAGAUUGAUCACUGGCUGAUAAAACAAAACACCUGAAAUCAAAGUAUUCUCUUGUAUUAAAAUGGAAAUGAAAAACUCUAUUGAAAAUUAAUAAGGAAAGAUAUCUCCAAAAAGCACCAAAAAAUAUCAAACUCGUAACGAGAAUAACGGCUAGGUACCCCAAGGAAGGCCUCGAAGAAUCAAAAUCUCGGCCUGGGUUUUACUCUGGCUUCAUUGUCCACACUCGCUCGUUCUGGGUUGUGACAACGGCGGGCUCUAGCAUUUAUAUUUGAAGCUGUUUUCUUUUUCUCCCUCCAUUUCUCUUCUUCUUCCGCCAUUUCUCUUUCUCUCUCACAUUCUUCCUUACACACGUCACUUUGGAAUUGUCGCCAUUACCUAAGAUCCUGUUCAGACGACAUAUCUGGAACUUGAGGAAGAAAAUCCAUCCUGGUCUUGUCUUCUCGAGAUGAGGGAUCCGAAGUCCACUUGAAUCUUCAGUCGCUUGAAGUUUGCCAUGGAAACCAACUGAGUCCGUUCUCCGACUCAGUCAAGAGUUUUGAAACUCGUCGACUCGGGUGAGACUCGAGCAACAUCGACGCUCCAUAUUUUAGAGCUUCCAAAUGGAGUCGAGUGUGAUCUCAAGAACUGACCCAACAGAUAGCUGCGUGACUGUAGGAGACAGAUUCCAAGAUCCAAAGGGCCCGGGAGUGCAUUCGAUGGUUGUUGUGUGUUGUGUUGAAAGUUGGAAAGCAAAGAUGCCAGCUCAGAAAAUCUUUUAAACCUCCUUCGAGGCUUGGCAGCUAUGGCCUGUCAAAAUCUUUAGCGUCCUGGGCUUUGACCUCCGCCCCACCCGACAAGGCCGACCAACGGCAGCCGUUCACCCCCAGCUACCCCUGCACAUCUCCACCUCCAUCCACAGCCUCGUCGCGUGGGCAAUCCGAGCAAGCAUCAUCACUACUACAGAAGUCAAUCUAUCCCCAACCAAUAUCAUUCCACAAAAGGCUCUGCGCCUCAACAUGGUAAGAGAUUGAAAUCCUUCUGUACAAUCCUUCAGAAGGUAAAGUACACACAAUCUAACUCACCUCCCAGCCAGCCAAACGGCGCGCGCCGUCCGGUCCCGAACAAGGUCCCCCCAAGGUCCGACAAUCCAAGCUCGCAAAAGAGCACAACAUCACCGGCACCGAGGAGAACGAGAUCCGAGAAGCCUUCUCGCUCUUCUCAGAGAAGCGGAAGGGCGAGAAGGAAGGCGUCAUCCCAACCGGAGAUGUGCGAAGAGCCAUGAUGUAUGUAUUGUCCUCUUCCCGCUGCAAACUCACCUCGGGGGAACAGUAUCAAAUACUUAUACGAUUUUGUAACCCGCAGCGCCCUAGGAAUCCUGCCCGAGAAAUCCGAACUCGAAGAAUUCAUCUCCAUCCUCGACCCCUACCGGCAAGGCUUCGUCGAAUACGAACCCUUCGUCGGAAUCUGCGCCUUGAAAAUCCACGCGCGAACCAGGAACUCGGAUACCCACACGCAAGAAGUAAAUGAAGCAUUCGCCUUGUUCACGAAAGGUGCGGGAGACGGGAAGAUCACCUUGGCUACUCUGAAGAGGAUUGCAAAUGAUCUGAAGGAAGAGGUCGGUGGUGAUCUGCUACGGGAUAUGAUUCUCGAGGCGAAUGGAGGGGCCGGGGUGGGGAAGGGUGUGGAGAAGGAUGAGUUUGAGGAGGUUUUGAGGAGGGCUGGUGUUUGGAGGUGAUUGUGAUAUAUUUGCUGCCAAGGUAAUGAGUUGAGCAUGACGAGUGUACAAUACAUAUGGGGGACGCCGGCGUUGGCUAGGAACAGGCAGGGGCAG